AGAAGGAUCAAGAGAGGAAUGGGGAUUUCUUUGUUGUAUCAUAGGACUCCAAUUUUGUAUUUAAAUCAUUUGUUUAUUCUUAUGGUUCUACUGCUUCAUGGAGGAUAUUCGGACUUUUAAUAUUUAUGCUUGCAUUAAUGCAUUCUUGACCAUAUCUUGCAUAAUCUCUUGUUUCUGCUGAUAUUUUCUAUGAACUACGUAGGUUUUCAAGCUUUAAUCCAGUUUCAACUACAACAAAGUGCUGUUUCUGCAAGGAACUCACUUCAGGGGCGUAAUAUAUAUGAUGGCUGCUGUCAGCUUGACAUACAGUUCUCUAACCUAGAUGAAUUGCAAGUGAACUACAAUAAUGAGCGUUCAAGGGACUUCACUAACCCGAAUCUACCAUCAGAACAGAAGGGCAAAUCCUCUCAGCAAGGAUAUGGAGAUAUGUACUCCUUCCAAGCUUCUGGAGCUCAUGCAGGUGGAUUUCCUCAGGUGUGCAUCUUCUCUUUAUCUUUAACAAUUUUUUUGUUGUUUUGGAGGAAAAAACAGCUUCAAUUACAUCUUCAAGUAUUUCAACUUCUGUUGCUUAUCUAUCUGUGAGCUGGCAGAUCUGGAUAGCUGAGCGUGACCUCGACUCACUUUUGCUGUCCUUACAUUAAUUGUUCAUACCUCUAUACCAUUAAUGUCUUUGUUGUCAGUAUUUGUUAUGAAGUAUGUAUUGAAAUUACCAUCAUUAUGCACUCAAUGCGAUAGUACAUGCAUAAUGAUUAAUGAUGGUGAAGCUUUAUUUGCUGAUUCUGGUGACGCAUUAACUUCUUUUCCCCCCCAAUCUCUCUCUCCCUCCCUCUCUCUGUCUUGUGUUUACACAGAUACGACAUUUACACCUCGAUUUUAAUCUAGUUGGGUUUGGCUAGAUGAAUCCUCACUAUCAUGCUGCUCCAUUUCAACCCCUCACAAUCCUUAUAUUUACAUAUUUAGGUUUUCUUGCAGUAACGAUUCUCUAGAUUUCCUACUGGCAUAUUAAUCUCUAACAAGAACAGAAGACUUCUAGCAAACAUUAGACCUAAAGCAUAUGUACCCGCAUGACUAAAAUUCAAUCUCAAUUAAUUUUUCUUCUAUUGUCCUCUAUUUUUUGCUCAGCAUAUAUAGAUUCCAAGAGAUGAUAGGUCUUGAGACAACUUCCUUCAUUGUGGUUUUAGGUCUACCUCAUCACCAUUUAAUAUCUUCAAUCACCAUGGUUUCGUACUUACAAAUCGGUGCAUCUAAAGAUAAACUUACGGCAUGACCAAUCGUCUGUGCUACUUACACCUUCUGCCAGAUAUGAUAAUUUUGUCUGUUUAAUCUUUGAAUGACUGCACAUCCAUUUUACAUCUGUGUUCUUAUGACACUUUUGUGGAUACGUAGGACCUUGGAGCCCAACGUUCACCCAAAUAAUAUUGCUGAUCUUACAACUGUUUACCUUUCAUUUUAGUAGAUAUCCCCUAUCACAUACACUUGGUAACACUUCUCUGUUUCAGUAUUUUGAUUUUAUAUGUAACAUCUUCAUUUGUCUUUCCAUUCUCCGGAACCGAAACCAUCUAUAUUUUUCGACAUGGCCAUUCAGAUCUCCUCCAAUAAAGAUUUGUUCGUCAAUUGGAAUUUCUUGGAAGAAGGUUUCUAUCUUCUCAGAGUUUAGUUUUGGUUUGUGCAUCUAAUCCUAUUUGCGGACUUUAGGCAUUGAUGACAUAAAUUGUCUCCUUACCCCUUACAAGUAUUAUCAGAUAAUCAUAUACCCAACUAUACUUACCUCAAUAAGUUUAUCCUCAUGAUUCUAUAAUGAUUCCUAUCCUAUUCUCAUCUUUAUCUAUCCCACAAUACAGAGUAUAGAACCCGUGUUUCUACACUAACCUCU